CGCAGUGGAGAAGCCGGGCAGCAUGGCGGAUAAUUCGGUGUCAGAGUUACUACUACAGAGACUCCAAGAUGGGGACUGUCAGGGUCUGGAUAGUCUGGAACUGGCCUCCACAUUGGGGGUGGAUCAUCAGCAGGUGGUGGGGGCUGUGAAGAGCUUGCAGUCCCUGGGAGAGAUUAUCGAGGCUGAGCAGAAAUCCAGUAAACGGUGGGAGUUGACCGCAGAAGGUGAAGAGAUUGCACGGGAAGGCAGUCAUGAGGCCAGAGUCUUUUACAGUUUGCCCAAGGAGGGCAUGGCACAGAGCGAGCUCAUGAAACUGCCUAUAGGGAAGAUUGGCUUCAGCAAGGCCAUGUCUAACCGCUGGAUCAAGCUGGAUAAAUCUGCAGCUGGGGGUCCGAGGGUCUUCCAAGCAGUUGAUUCAGUGGACGAUAGCGUGAAGGAGAAGCUUCAGUUGGUCCUGCAAGGGAAGACUGAGAGCAUCAAUGAAAAAGAAAGGAAUGAGCUGAAAAAGAGGAAACUGCUCAACGAAGUAACAAUUAAAACUUACUGGGUUACAAAAGGCAGUGGAUUCAGCACAAGCAUCACAAAGCAAGAAACAGAUCUGACUCCAGAGAUGAUUGCCAGUGGUUCCUGGAGAGAGAAGAAGUUCAAAGCAUAUAAUUUUAACGCUCUAGGUGUGAUGCCAGAGUGUGGUCAUCUUCACCCCCUUCUUAAGGUCCGCACACAGUUCCGACAGAUUUUCCUUGAGAUGGGAUUCACAGAGAUGCCAACCAAUAACUUCAUUGAGAGCUCGUUCUGGAAUUUUGAUGCCCUCUUUCAGCCCCAGCAGCACCCAGCCAGGGAUCAGCACGACACGUUCUUCUUACAGGAUCCGGUUUUUGCAACAGAAUUUCCCAUGGAUUACCUAGCGAGGGUGAAGAAAGUUCAUUCUGAAGGAGGAUAUGGUUCACAAGGUUACAAAUAUGAUUGGAGUAUAACUGAAGCUCGAAAGAAUAUCUUGCGAACGCACACUACAGCCGUCAGUGCUCGAAUGUUAUACAAACUCGCCCAGCAGAAGGAGUUCACCCCUGUCAAGUAUUUCUCCAUUGACCGUGUGUUUAGGAAUGAGACCCUGGAUGCUACACAUUUAGCAGAGUUUCAUCAGAUUGAAGGAGUGGUGGCAGAUUACGGCCUGACGCUGGGAAAUCUCAUGGGCGUUCUAAAGGAAUUCUUCACCAAGCUUGGAAUAACCAAACUGCGCUUUAAGCCAGCGUAUAACCCUUACACAGAACCUAGCAUGGAAGUGUUCAGCUACCAUGAAGGUUUGAAAAAAUGGGUCGAAGUUGGAAAUUCUGGGGUCUUCAGACCAGAAAUGCUACUGCCAAUGGGUCUUCCAGAAGGAGUGUCCGUUAUCGCAUGGGGGCUGUCGCUGGAAAGGCCGACAAUGAUAAAGUAUGGAAUUAACAACAUCCGGGAGCUGGUUGGCCACAAGGUGAACUUGCAGAUGGUCUACGAUAGUCCGAUAUGUCUCCUAGAUUCUUAAGGCUCAACAUCCCCAAGCUGAAAAAACACCUUUUUUUUUAUCUCUUUGGGAACAUCGAGGGCCAUGCGCCAACCUAAUGCAAUAUUUAUUUUUGUCUUAUAACAAACAGUGUAUUUUCACUUUUACCCAAGUAAACAAAAGUUUGGUAAAGAUAAA